AUGGGAGAACAGGAUGAACAAGCACUGUAUGCGGCCAGAUCUGUCACUGUUCGUCGCAAGCCUGUACCUGCACCUCCACCGCCGCAGUAUCCCGUGAAGAAAUCAAGCCUGGUGGACCGAUGGAAGAGUCUCUCACGCCGGACUCGGAUCAUCGUACUCGCUGUCGUCCUCGCCAUUGUCGCUUUGAUUGUUGGCCUCGCGGCCGGCCUCUCGACUCGAAAGAGGACGCAAAACCUCCCCUUGCCAUCCGGACAUGGCGGCCCUUACACCGGCGAUUUGACCUACUACGAACCGGCUCUCGGGGCAUGUGGUGUAACGUCUACCAACAAGGAUAAGAUUGUGGCAAUAUCGCACAUCGUGUUCGAUACAGCGAGCACCGGCAGUGAUCCAAACAGCAACCCUCUGUGUGGGAAGAAGAUCAGAGCACGCCUAGAUAACAAGAGUGUGGAUCUGACGGUGGUGGACAGAUGCACUGGUUGUCAACCAAAGGACAUCGAUGUCACCGUCAACACCUUUGCUACGCUGGCUGAUGUCGACCUUGGGAGGGUACUGGUCGAAUGGAAUUGGUUGGAAAAUAUACCUGCCGGGGCGGAGGAUUGA